AUGUCUUCUGAACAAAUUACCACACAGCCAACAACAACUAAUAAACUGUGCACUACACAGUCAACAUCUACAGAAGUGUCCUCUGAAGCAGGCACUACACAGCCAACAUCUACAGAAGUGUCUUCUGAAGCAGGCACUACACAGUCAACAUCUACAGAAAUGUCCUCUGACGCAGGCACUACACAGCUAACAUCUACAGAAAUGUCUUCUAAAGCAAGUACUACACAGCUACCAUCUACAAAAGUGUCUUCUGAAGCAGGCACUACACAGUCAACAUCUACAGAAGUGUCUUCUGAAGCAGGCACUGCACAGCCAACAUCUACAGAAAUGUCUUCUAAAGCAAGUACUACACAGCUACCAUCUACAGAAGUGUCUUCUGAAGCAGGCACUACACAGUCAACAUCUACAGAAGUGUCUUCUGAAGCAGGCACUACACAGUCAACAUCUACAGAAGUGUCUUCUGAAGCAGGCACAACACAGUCAACAUCUACAGAAGUGUCUUAUGAAGCAAGCACUACACAACCAAAAUCUACAGAAAUGUCUUCUGAAGCUGGUACUACGCUACCAACAUCUACAGAAGUGUCUUCUGAAGCAAGCACUACACUGCUUACAUCUACAGAAAUGUCCUCUGAAGCAAGAACUACGCAGCCAACAUCUACAGAAAUGUCUUCUGAAGCAAGCACUACACUGCCAACAUCUACAGAAGUGUCCUCUGAAGCACUACACAGUCAACAUCUACAGAAGUGUCUUCUGAAGCAAGAGCUACUCUGCCAACAUCUUCAAGAUUUUCUACAGCAAUUUCAACUGAACCAAUCACUGCAGAGUCUACAUCUACAACACAAAGACAACAUCUUCAAUAUCUGCAAGUUCUCCUUCUUCAACCACAGUACAUUCAAGACCAUUGACCUCUUCUCCUAUAGCAAUUGUGUCUUCAGAGAAAGCUUCAACCUCUGUAGGAACUGUAAGGACAAGUCCAAGCAAGCCAUCCACAAGUACAUUAUUAACAGAAACUUCAGUAUCACCAAUGCAAAACUCUACAUCUUCCUCAUCUACAACAACAUCCUUGUUUUCAACAGAGUUCACAACACCCAUCACCACUGCAUCUCCCGUAACAAUGCCUUCUGUAGCAACAGCAACAUUUCCAGAAACCACUGGGUCAAUAAGAGCCAAAUCCACCACCAAGACUUCUGCAACAAAAUUUUCUCUCCCCUCAUCACCAAGCACAGUGAUUACAGAGCAAGCAACAACCACAACAAGCAAGGAUUCAACAUCAUAUUCUACAUCAAAGGAAUCCCCUACAAUGUCAACUCUGUUCCAAGCCCAGACAACUUUAGUCACAUCUACUUUAGAACCCCUUUCUACCAUGCCAUCAUCAGCGAAGACGACAUCUUCAAUAUCGACGGUUGUCCCCUCUUCAUCUUCUGUGCAGUCAACCCCAUUCACCUCAUUGUUUUCAAGAACAGAGGAAACUUCAUUGUCCACAGUAACGACAAUGGCAACUCCAAGCAAACCACUUCAGGUGUACAAACAGUGUCAUCAGCUUACAAAACAUCGUCAAAUGAUGUCUCUUCGUCUCCAUUGCAUUCCACAUCUCCAGUAAUAGCUUUAUCCACCACUGGUCCUUUAAAAACGACAUGGACACCAACAGAACAAUCAACAACCUCCUUCUUUGUCACAAGGUUGCGAUCAAUCUCAUUCUCUGCACAGACUACAAAGCUAUCAACAGGCCAACCAACUAUAUCUCCAACCAAAACAAUGUCUGCUAAACAAACCACAGAAUCCACAAAACCAGCAAUAGCUUCAACAAUGAUGUCUACAAUAUCAGAAGUUCCUACUACUAUGAUGCCUUCUCCCAUAUCAGUAACUCCUCGCUUAAUAAUUACAUCAUCCUCAGAAUUAGCUGGGACGUCUAAAAUACCAACCUCAGCCCUCAUGCAAGAUAGGACUAGCCCCUCAAGUUCACCAAUGUUAUUUUCCACAAAGACGAAAGCUUCUGUAUCAACAGGUGCCUCCUUGUUGUCUUCAGUAAAGUCCUUUACCUCCCCAUCACCAACAACAUUGUCUUCACUGAAAAGCUCACAAUCCAUGGAAACUACCACCAGAGCAAUCUCAAGUAGACCAACCACAGAGACAGUGUCUACUGCAACAUCAGCUACCCCGAGAUCUUCUUCAGCAGAGCUGGUAUCUUCCACGCAAACUAUCAGUCCUUUUUCAACAACACAAGCACACUCUUCAUCUCCAAACAUACAGUCUACAGAGCAAGCAAUAACUUUGUCAGAAGCAAGGACAGAGCCUACUGUACAUGUAACAACAAAGACAUCCUCUACAACACCAAGACUGACCCUUAGAUCAACAACUUUGAUGGUGUCUGCCUCAAAACCACUCGUGAGUUCAACACCCUCAGAACGUACUGCAGCAGAGCCUACAGUGACUACUCGCUUAAUCACACAGACGCAGUCUUCCACAAAGACGUCACCAGCAUCAACAACUCCUUUAUCGUCAGUACAGUCUGUGUCUCCGACCUCUUCUAUGAUAGCAACAUCUUCUGCAAAAGUUUUGGCAUCCACAAAAUAUACCACAACAGCACCAAUAGACCUAACCAGCAAGAAAAUGUCAACAACAACAUUGCCAACUGCCCGAACAUUGUCGUCAGCAUGGAUGCUCUCAACAAGACAGUUAGAUGCUUCUUCCCCAACGACAGAACAUUUGAUGACACCCUCAGUGCCCAGAACUCCAACCACACAGUCUAAGGAGCAAACAGCAAGUGUCCUGAAAACAAGCGGAGAGCCAGACAGACAUUCAACAGCAGAGAUUUCAUCUCCAACAUCCCAGGCAUCAUUGGGAGUAACAACCUUGACUCCAUCUACCUCUGAGCCAUUUGUAAAAACAGUGACAUCUGUCAGCCCCACUUCAGAGCCAACCUUUGGAUCAUCGACAACAAUGACAUCAGAGGACGCAUUGUCUUCAAAGGGACCAUCUCAUCCUUCAAGCUCGGUUUCUGCUUCAUCUUCAUCAACAACUAAAUGGAUGACCUCCUCUUCAUUUGUUACGACAUCUCAGCGUAUCUCACCCUCUGCACAAAGUACAAAACCCUCAACUGGCCAGUCAACUACAGAGACUUCCACAGCUGAUGUGACAUCCUCUGUAGCUUCCUUGUCAUCCAUUACACAAUCAACAUCGCCAAUGCAAUCAUCGACCAAAACCUUGCAACAAAGUACUACGUCCACAAGAACAAGAGGGAUUUCAGCCACACAAAAGUCAACUCCACAACUAGUUGGCAGCACUUCUAAGUCCUCAACAUCACAAGGAACUAGUCAGACAUCCUUCAAGACGAGUGUACCAUAUUCAGUAUCACCCUCUGCUUUCUCUACAUCUUCUGGACACUCGCAGGUAGCAGUGACAUCAGCAACACCAAUGAAAACAUUUACUGAGCAAACCACUAGUCAAAGAACAUCUACAAAGGACCCAACAAUGAAGUCUGUUACUAUGGCAGAAUCUACUGCAAUAAUGUCUUCUUCCAUAGCAGCAGCUUCUGUCUUAAAGACUACGUCUUCAGAUCUAAGACAAACAUCUGUGCAAAUGUCUUCAAUCUCUGAAAGAAAUUUAAAGUCUUCAACUAUUCGCCCAACCACACAGAAGAUAGCCUCAACAAUAUCAACAGCUUCAACAUCAAGAGCCCCCUCCUCUUCUUCCAAUGUAACACCACCGACCUCUACUUCCUCCAUAAGAGAGGAAACCUCAUCAUCUAUAGAAACUUCAACAAUGGCAACAGCAAGCAGACCAAGCACUAAUAAAAUAUCAACCCUCCUAAGGGUUUCAUCAACACCAACAGUCACUUUUUCUCAGGCACCAGAACAUUCGACAACAUUGUCUUCAAACACAAAAUCUAUGGAACAAUCAACAACAAGCAUUGUGUCGUCAGAAAAGACAAAGAAAUCCUCUACAACACUGCGGGGGUCUCUAACACAUUCGACCAUCAGUUCAUCUACCUCAGUACCACCUGUGACCCCAACAUCCACUCUUAGGCUCACAGAAGAGCCUUUAAGUACUGUCAAGUCCUCAACAAUCCAAUCAAAAUCACAGUUGUUAUCCUCAACUGGUCCCUCUUUGUCUUCACCAUAUUCCACAAUAUCAGUUACAGCUUCAUCUUUGUUAACAAAGUCUGUAGAGGAAAGCACAGUUACUAUGCCUUUAGGAAGUACCGAACAGUCAACAGCAAGGUCCACAUUUCUUAGAACGUCACAGUCAAGCUUACCCUCCACAAGAACUACAAAGCCACCAACAAGUCAGAUAACUAUGAAGACGUCCACGAAAAUAUCCACAGCAUCUGUUGUUUCACCUGAAGUACAGCCUACUAGUACUGCAUCUGUGACAUUGUCAUCCAAAAUGUUGUCUUCCCAACAACGUACUGUAUCUAUGGGAUCCACUGCAAUGUCAGCCACUCAAAAACCAACAGAGCAACCAUCAACAGCUACUUCUACAACAGCUUCAUCUCAGCGGCAAUCCUCUACUACUCUUGGAUCUACCCUGCCAUCAAGCCUUCGUCCAACUUUCUUUUCAACAAUGUCAAUGGCAAAGGAAGCGACUUCGACAUCAAAUACUACAACUUGGUUAACAUCUAGUGAAGGUGCCACUGAACAGUCGACGGCCAUUACCACUCUCCUGGCAACAACAGACGCCCAACAAAAACAAUCAACAAACUCUGUCAGUGAACCAACAACAACAACAGUACCUACGACUGGAGCAGAGGCCAUUGUGACAACUCCAUCUAAUGCUGACAUCACAACAACUACACAGACGGCAGUACUCUACUGUGAGAAUGACAACAGGUUGAAUGUAGAGUGGCCUCGCACAGUGGCUAAUGCGAGAAUUCAACUCACUGGGAGCUGUCGCUAUGGCCUUAUUGUAAGGGAGUGUAGGGGCAAUGGCCAGUGGGAAACUCCAGACACAACUGAAUGCCGGUCCCCUCAAGCAGCUCAACUGUUGGAAAAGGCCAAUACUACUCUGACAAAGUUAGAAACCAUGCAGCACAUAACACCUAAUGAUGUGGACAUGGCAGGACAACUUGCACAGGCAAUGGAAGAUGCCACUAACUCCUCAGGUGGGUACAUCCCUACAGCCAACGACUUACAGCUGUACACAAACAUCACGUCGUCUCUCAUCCGCGUGUUCGAAAUGGCCAACGACACAACAACAUCGUACUCCAAGUUAAAAAGAUAUGCACAGAGUGUUGUCAAUGUGUUCAGCAACAUGAUUGCACCCCCCAAUAGGGAAGUCUGGGCAUCUGUUGGCCAGUUCACCCAUGACCGUUGUGGAGGGUGUUCGUGUGUUAUGGAGCAGGCUGAGAGACUGGCUCGAUCUCUGGCUCGGAACCUGCCACCAAACUCUACCUUUACCACUGAGAGAGAAAUCCACACCAUACGUAUACACAUUGAGUUUAGAAAAAUCCUAGUCUCGUCACUAAGUGCAGACCUGGAGUUUCCCAGAGAGAUGUCAGAGUUUGUUAACCGGAUCAGACCAUCGCCCAUCAACCUUCCUGUCAGUGUGCUGCAGGCCGGGGACCCAGCAUCCUCGGUGUACUAUAUCGCCUAUCAUGACCUGCAAAGCUGCCUACCUCCAAUAUCUUCUGGAAAAUACAGCGGCUUCACGAUACAAUCACAAAUCGUUGCAUCUGGAGUGGACCCUCAACCCAAAACACCUUUCCAGCAGGAUGUCUCCAUCGGACACUGGCACCUUACGAAUGCACCCAAUGAAACCGCCUGUACUUGGUGGGACUUUGAAACAAGGCAAUGGACAGACAGAGGAUGCACCAUAGAUGUGUCGAUGUCAAACGACAGUCACACACGCUGUCUCUGCAAUCAUCUCACCAACUUUGCCCUUCUCAUGAGCCCCUUCCACAAGACUUCCCCGUUUGUGUCUAAAGCACUGAAGUACAUCACGUUCAUUGGUUGUGGAAUCUCUUUCAUCUUUCUGCUGAUAACUGCAAUAGCCCAUCUCUCUUUAUGGAGGUUUGUGAAGAAGGAUUCUGCGCGUGCACACAUUCAUGUCAACUUGUGCCUCUCUCUCGCUACUGCCAACUUAGUAAUCAUCAUCUCUGAGAUUGUCGACCCUGGAAUCACAGUUCUGUGUACUGUGAUUGCGGUGUUCCUUCACUACUUCUACCUGUCUGCCAUGACGUGGAUGUUAUGUGAGGGGGUCCAGCUGUACAUGUCCAUCGUACACGUCUUCAGGAGGUCCAACAAGAUUGUCAGACGGGCGUACUAUGCUGUGGGAUGGGGUGCUCCCCUGGUAAUUGUAGCCAUCACCAUUGGUGUGACCCAGUCGGCAGGUUAUGGUAACCAGGUCACAGACACUAACCCACAGGCUCUGCCUGAGACUAACACCACUACUGAGGCUACCAGUCAUGGACAAGUGUCAAACAACAAUGGGGAGGACGAACACUGUUGGCUGGUUGUAGACAAUGGAGUAAGGUGGUCUUUCAUUGGACCAGCAAUCUUCAUCAUCGCAGUGAAUCUAGUCAUCAUGGUGAUUGUGUUGAAAACCAUGCUGGGGAACAGAGCACUGCAGAAUGCUGAACAAUGGACACGAACAAAGGCUGGAAUACGGGCCUCUUUUGUGAUGCUGCCUCUGCUUGGCUUAAGCUGGCUGCUGGGCGUGUUCUCUAUGAAUGAAGAGACUUCAGCCGCUUUUGGUCUUCUAUUUGCAGUUGUCAACUCUCUUCAGGGAUUGUUCAUCUUCAUUUUCCACUGCUUAAGGAGUAAAACGAUAAAUGAUGCCAUUGAUAAGAAGAAUGGCAAGGGAGGCAGCUUCAGGAAGAGCAACCUGUCAAAGACAAUAUCAAGACAAAGUAGUUACGACCCACGGACAACCAUGAAGCGCGUGAAAGGGUCCAUGCUACUUCGCCGGUUGUUCCCUAGCAAGAAGGACGACAGGCGACGACAGCACUCCAGUUCUGGUGGCACCAACUCUCUCUCUGUCCCCAGCACCCCGCCCAAGACACGCAAGGAUGAAAGAAGAAGAAGCAGUGGCUUCUCUAUAUCGUCUCUAGUUCGGAAACUUAGAGGGUCUCAGAGUUCGGAAAAUGCUGAAGAGUCGUCGUCUGGAGAUUCCGGUGUGGCAGAUUUGAACUCGGGAGGGAAACAGUCGCCGGAUAGAAGCAGGCGAUCUUCUUCAUCAAGCACACCACAUACACCAACAACCCUGACCUGGGGGCCGACUCAGGAUCUAGAACAACCUCCGGUUGCCCCUCCCCGAACCAAGCGGCAGAGGGCUUCUGCAACCCUCAUGCCAACACAAACGCUUCCAACAUUAGUCGAGUGUUCGCCCUACUCUACUGUCAACUCGAUCAGGAACGUUACAACUACAGCACAGGUGGAGCCCAACCAAGUUGAUAUUGACUUUACCAAAGAACCUUCACUAACUAGUUUGCAAUCGUCUACAGAUUUUAUAGGUGAACAACUUGUGAACGGUAAUGGCUUGAGAAGAGUAGCUUCUGCUCCAGUAAAGAAACAUUCAAACAAACACUCAAAAGGAAGUUUACAGGACACAAUUGUCAAUAUUCCAGAAAACGCAUCACCAGAAAUAGCAACCUCAUCAGAGUCUCCACCAGAAGAUAGCGUUUCUGAUUAUUCUAGCGUGUUUGAGGAAUUACAUGAAGUUGCAGUGCGCAGAAGAUCAUUACCAAAACUAGAAGACUGGAAAAAUGUUCUGUAACUCUUUAAAUAAUCUAAUAUCAAAGAUAGUGAAAAAUUCCCAACCAGCCUUGUCAACCUUAAAAAUUCUGAAAUAAUCACUUUACCAAAGAUUAGCUGUAAUAUCUAUAAACUGCAAAAGCCAUAUCAACAGAAUCUAUAAUGUUAUUCAACCUACACAUACACACACACGCACAUACAACCACGGAAACACAUAAAAUUGUGAUUAUCAUUACAAAAUAAACAAUUGUAACAUACUUGUACAUAAGCAUCAAUCAAGGAAUUUAAUGUUCAAGAUUUCUAAAUUACAGAGACUUGCAAAUAACUGUUUCAUAGUGACAUGAUCUUUAAGGAAAUUAGAUUAAACAUAUGAAAUAUUAUUUUAUACUGAAUGUUGUUCAUACUAAUAAGUCUCAAUAAAGGAGACAGGUAAGAAAUAUUAAAGGAAAAUUAGU